CCCUCCACCAAGCUUGUCUGGUGGAGUGGGUCCUUGCCGCCUCCAACCACGGGCCUUUACACGCUUUAUAACAGUCCACCCUGCACUCCUCCACUACCACACUUCCCAUGGCACUCUCCUCCUGCCGCUGCGAUGUGGCUGUGGUGUGAGAGAGCUGGCAGGUGUCGCCCUAAAUGCAGGAAGAUGUCAGAGUUGAAGGCCGCCCUUGAAGACGACUCCACUCCCUCCAACCAAGACACUGUGUCCGAGGAGGAUGACAACCUCAGCGACUUGGAGUCUCACACAGGGAGCGAGCGGGAUGCUGCCUCAGAGGCCGGCUCCGAGACCCCCUCCCUCUCGGACCGGUCCAGCCAGCGCGCAUCCCGGUCCACCUCCAACACCCCCACCAACACCAGGUCCACACGCAGCAGGGACAACCCAGACUUUGUGGCCAAGCAGAAGUCCUUCAUGGCCAAGGUGCAGGCAGCCACGGCAGGCAGUGAGGGGGUCAUGGUGAGGCCGGAGACGCCAGGCAAGAGGAGGAGGGAUGGCAGCGCCUUCACCUCCUCCACCAAGAAAAGAAAGCUGGGCAAGACGGACAAUAACGGUCAGGACUACCAGAAUGACAACUACUGCUGGGAAUGUCAUCGGGAGGGUGUAUUCAUCUGCUGUGAGAUGUGCCCGCGUGUGUUCCAUCUCAAGUGUGCUGGCAUGGAGAAGGAGCCGGAGGAAGACUGGGCGUGCAGCGAGUGCCAUGCUGUGAUGCAGGCCGAGAACACGGAAAAUCGGUCGCGGUCUAUGCAACUCAUCUCCGUGGAGCAGCUGUGUACCCUGCUCAAGUAUGCGCUCAACAGGCUCAAGACCAUGGCUGGGAUGGAGCCGUUCACCAAGCCGGUUGACACCACAGAGUUCCCGACGUAUGAGGACAUCGUGGUGCACCCGGUGGACUUCACGUCGCUGGAGCGGAACAUAAAGAGGAAGUUCUACGGCUCCACGGAAGCCUUCUCGGCGGAUGCCCGGUGGAUUGUGCAUAAUUCUGUGAUAUUCAAUGGAGCUAAUUCCAAGGUUUCUUCAAUGGCUCGCUCACUGGUGAAGAUACUGAAGCAGGAGAUGAGUGAGAUAGAGACUUGCCCCGACUGCUACAUGAAUGCUCACCAGAACCCUAAAAGCUGGUUUACAGAAGUGUGUAGGUCAGCUCAUCCGCUCAUCUGGGCGAGGCUCAAGGGCUUUCCUUUCUGGCCAGCCAAGGCCGUCAAGUGGAAAGACGGCAAUGUUGACGUCCGGUUUUUUGGUCGGCACGACAGGUCGUGGGUGCCCAUCAAGGAAUGUUUUCUAUUCUCUGAACAGAUGCCAACUCCCCUUAAGAAUCGCAAUAAAACUCUGGAGGCUUGUCUGCAGGAGGUAAAUGAACACAUUGCCAAGCUAAGAGAGAAGUUUGGCAAGUUCAAGUAUGCUCCUCACCGCAUCCAGUUCAACCCUUCAGAUCCUGACCAGAUAAAGAUAAUGCUGCCAAACUACAAGGGUCCCAUGCCUCAAAGGGUCCGUCCCCAGUCCAGGGCUCUCUCCCGCCUCUCUGCUCACUCAGAUGAUGAGACGUCGUCCAUCGCCUCGACAGACAGUGCAGGAGGCAUGCGGCGCGGCAGGAGGGAGUCUGGUACCUCCUCUGCCACACAGGGCACUGAAACAGAGAAUGAGGUGCCGACCCACACACCUGAGGCUCUCCGGCACAGGAAGAGCGGCAGCAAAUCCCCAUCACAGGAGACUGAGGCGGCGAGAAGACGAGAUUCCAACCAGGAGAGAGAGAAGAGCAAAGACAAAGAAGUGCCGUACUCAGAGGAGGAGAAUGUCAACCUCAGCGCUGUCUCUCUCAGACCAACAGACAAGGCAGAGGAGCAGGAGGAUGAGGAGAUGGAGGACUGUGGCAAGUACCCGGGCCAGAAAUCCUCUGCCGACAACUCAGAUAUGGAUGAGGAUGAGGAGGAGGAAGAGGAGGAGGAGGAGGAGGAGGAGGAAGAGUGUCACCAGGAAGAUGAGAGUUCCUCCUUAGUGAAUGGUAAGUCCCCUGCUGUGAAGAAUGAACCAGGAAGUGAGGAGGAGGCAGAGGAAGGGGCAGGAGGAGAGGGUAAGAAUGAAGGUGGUGAUGGUGGUGGUGGUGGUGGCAGCUCAGAUGGAGAGGAUGAAGAAAUGGCAGCUCCAGCAAGUGACAAGGAUGGUAAUGAAGAUGAAACAGAGGAAACCAUGAAGAAGGACAUCAAGGAAGAAGGAGAAGAGGAGGAUGAUGAUAAUGAUGAUAACAAAGAAGAAGAGGAGGAGGAGGAGGAGGAGGAAGAGGAUGAAGAGGAAGAAGAUGAGGAGGAGGAGGAGGAUAGCCAGGAUAAGAAAGAGGUUGAUGAAGAUUCACAAACAGAAGUAGCUGUGAAAAUUGAAAAUAAUGUUAAUGUUAGGUUAGAGGAGACGGUCAUUCAGAAAACAGUAAUUGCAAAGAAAACGGAGGACAGUUGCAUUGGUGGAGAAAAUGGAAUGAGGUCUGAGAGAAUACCAAGUAGGGAAAACACUAACAAAACUGUGGAAACUAAUGAAGUGAGAGAUGAAAAGAAGGUAGAGGAAAAAUUUAGUGAUACUUUAGAAAAAUCAAUUGAAAGAGAGGAAGUGAAAGAAAAGAGAAGGAUAAGCACUGAUAAAGAUGAGGAAAAAGUCACAAACAACACUAAACUUAAACCUACAAAUGAAGAUGUUAGGGAAGAGAAAACAAGUGAAAAUAAAGCUGUAGAAAAGGAAGAAAGAAUAAAAAGUGAAGUGGAGAAUCAAGACACAGACGAUGAUGAUGAAGAUGAUAAUGACGAUGAUGAGGAAAUGAAGGAAGAACCACUCAAGGAAAAAACUGUGAUACCCAAAGAUGACGAGGAAAAAAAUGAAAGUGCCAGUGACGGUGAGAGUGAAAGUGAGAGUAAGAGGAAAGAAAAAAGUGACGACAAACAGGAAACAGAGGAAAAUAACAGUGAAAGGAGAGAAUGGGAGAAAGAGGCGACAGAAAAGACAGUAGUGGAAAGGGAGAGUGAGGAGGAGAGUAGAAUACAAACAUUGGACAAGGAAACUGAGGAGAGGAGUGAGAGGAGGAUGGACACCAGUGAAAGUAGUGGCAAUGCAAGUAGCAGCGACCAAAUGGAGAUAGACAUAAAGAAGGAAAUGGAAUUAACUAGAGAAGAGGAAGAAGAAGAAGAAGAAGAGCAAAUGGAACAAGAGCCUGUGAGACAACAACAAGAAGAAGAGAUGCCCGAGGAGCAAGUGAUAAAGGAGGAGAUGGACACGAGUGAAGAUUUUGAGCGUAGGGAGAGUGUCAUCAGAGAGAAGGAGAGAGAAGAGGCAGAGGAGACAGCCAGAAACUCGCUAAUGGAUGCGGUGCAGCUCAUGAAGACGAUGGGGACGAUAGCAAUAACGAGGCUGGACGGCAAGAGUCUGGGUGAUAGGACCAACGGGGACAGCAUCACCUUGUCGCGGAAGGAGACACACAGGGCGGAGGAAAACAGCGAGGAGGACAAGAGAAACACGGCAGAGGACGCCGCCAAGAACUGUAGCAAGAAUGUGUCCCCGCCGACCACGAAGGAGGUGGAGAACAAGAACAUGGAGCAGCACAUCUCGUCCCUUGGCUGCAGCGUCAGUGUUACCAAGGCCGUGGAGAGAGACAAGGACAAGGACAAGGAUAAGGACAAAGACAAAGACAAAGUCAGAGAGAAGGAGAGGGAGAGGGAGAAAGAGAAGGUAAAAAUGCCGUCGGGAGUUGACACCACCAGACUCAGUCCCUCCAUCUCCAUCAUUCCCAUGUCCGGGGGCAAUGAACGGCAGAAGGCCAAAACCACCACUGCCCCCUCCUCACCCGAUGCCACCACUGCCACUUCCUCCACCACCUCCUCCCACAGGAACACAUCACCGUCAGUGGGCCACAACCUCCCACAGAGCUCACCCUCCUCCCACUCACAGCAGGCAGCUCCCACGCGAGUCUCCUCCUCAUCCAGCAACUCCCCUCAGGCCAGUGCGGCAAACCUCCCCCCACCCCCGCCUCUGUCCCACCCUCAGGCACCCCCCUCCAGCAGUGUGGGGUCCAGAGGGGUGUUUGGGCCACCUCCACCUGGUUCCAUCAACAUGGCGGGUGGCCGGGGACCCAUCAUGACCACAUCAGGGAUCAGAAUGGUGGGCGGCGUGGGGGGUCCUGGCAUGAUGGUUCCAGCACGGAUGCCUGGCGGCCCCCCACCGCGGCACCUUCCCCCUGAGGCUGGCCCCUUGUCGGCACAGCUGCACAAACACUCACAGAAGUUGGCGGAAGUGAUGCGUGCCACACUGGAGGACAUCCUUGGUGGCCUAGUGAUGACUGGCACCCCUGAGGCCCGUGUGGCGGCGCUGCAGCUGGAGCUGGAGCGCACCAACUGGCGGCACCAGCAGGAGGUGGCGGAGGUGCGGCACAAUGCUGAUGUCAUGCUGGUGGAGAUGCGGGCAAACCUGGAGGCGGAGAAGCAGCGUGCGGUGGACGAGGUGAAGCGGCAGAUGGAGGCGCAGAUGAUGGAGGCGCGGCGGCAAAUGGAAGUGCAGAUGAUGGAGCGGCUGGCUGAGGUGCGGAGGCAGAUGGAAGCGGAGAAGCAGCGGGCGGUGGAGGAAACCAAGCGGAAGCAGUGGUGUGCCAACUGUGGGAAGGAAGCGCUAUUCUUCUGCUGCUGGAACACCUCCUACUGUGAUUACCCAUGCCAGCAAUCCCACUGGCCCCAGCACAUGUCGGUGUGUGGCCAGAACAGCGAUGGUGGUGGUGGAGGGGAAGGUGGGCCAGACUCCAUCAAUGGGGAGGCCAGCGCUCACUCCUCCCGAGUCUCCACGCCUGUCCAGAACCUCGUGGCAGCCCAGCAGUAUGUGGAGGAUGAUGGUGGAGUGGCGGCAUUAGCUGAGGAACACAGGCGGAGAAAAAUGCGCGAGGAUGAUGCGGGCAGUCUUACCUCGUCCAUAUUAGCCCAGUGCCUCAUCAAGGGCAACAGGGACCGACCCAAGAAAAAGGCCAAGUCCUCGUCUGUCAAGUCCAGCCCACCCAAGGACAAGGACAAGGACAAGGACAAAGAGUCUCUGAGUGUGCCUGCUAAGGCCCCCAAGUCCCCCAAGGCCUGGAUGGAGUGGUUCCUGGAGCAGAGCGGGGCUGAGGGCAUCAAGGAGAACCUGCAGGUCACCCCCAAGACUGGCAAGGCCAAGGCCAGGAAGUCCAGCAGCAAGCCGGCUCCUGAUGGGCCCAGGAAGAAGCGCAAGAGUACUCCGUGCGUCCGCCGCAAGAUUGAGCACAUCCUCAAGCCUGAGGAGGUCACCACAGACAUGCUGGACCGUGUGGCCACUAAACCCAAGGAGAAGACGCACGACCAGGAGAACGGCACCUCCUGCCACCAGUGCCGCCAGAAGACCUCCGACACCAAGACUAUAUGCCGGUCUGGGAAGUGCGUCGGCCUGCGUGGCUUCUUCUGCGGGCCAUGUCUACGCACCAGGUAUGGCGAGGACGCCAGGAAGGCCCUGUUGGACCCAGACUGGUGCUGUCCGGUGUGCAGGGGAAUAUGCAACUGCUCGCUGUGUCGCAAGGCCUUCGGGCAGCAGGCGGUGGGGCAGAUCGUGCAGCGGCUAGGCAAGAUGGGCUACACCAGUGUGCAGCAGUACCUGGACUCCAAGGGCAUCAAGGAGGAGCAGGCCGACCCCGCCGACAAACCCGACAAGGGGCUCAGGCCGGAGGAGGAGGAGGAAGAAGAGGAAGAGGAGGAGGGCCAGGAGUUUGGAGUGGCAAAAGUGGAGAGACUGGAGUUGCCAGAAGAGGAGGAAUGUGCCAUGGAUACCUGACAGUGAGAGGGAAGCACUGCCGGGGGUGGCCAUGGCCGUGGCACCGUGUGAGGGGCCUGUGUGUGGCACUUGUCCUGCCGUCGCUGGGGGUGUGCGGUGGCCACCUCUGGGAAACACCUAAAUUGUGCCGUGAUGUUUGUGUUGAAACCUGACACGAAUUACUCUCCUGUAGCUUUAGCAGUACGGUGUAGCGUCGCCUGUUUAUAUUGCCAUUAUGAAGUAACAUAGAGUUAGCUUACUUCAUUCUACUAAAUACUACAUACUUGCCAUGGGAAACAAAAUGGUGUAUAUUUUCUGAAAUGUUCCUCUUAUUUCCCAGAUCUUGCAUUAUAUCUCAUAAAGAAUGUUUUAUCAUGACUUCUUGUUGGCAUUCCAAGUGGUGGCAUGUGAGUGUUUAGAGUCCAGGGAAGAGGGAGGGUGGGAGGGAGGGAUGAGGCUCGAGUGGGCCUGGCACACACUGCAGCACAGGACAUUGGAACAGGACAGGAGAGACAUGAUGGAUACUGAAACACAGGCUGACAUGGUGUGGAAUACUGACCAAUGUAUUAACAGGGAAGUGAAGGCUACCAACAUCUACAAGAGCCUUUUAUAUUCACCGAGGGCCUAGUUAACAAGUAAGGUGUAUACUUAGCCUGAGUGGCCUGCCAGUAUUCAGUCUGCGGUGAUGACAUGAUAUGGCUGUACACCCUGCAGAUCCCUAGUUUCCAUUAUGCUUUGGAAUAGAUUGGAAUUAGAUACAUGGUAAUAGUGUGUUUCUCCUUGCCUGUUGCUGCAUCACCUGUAUUGCCUGUGUCCCUGCUUGCCAGUGUUUGCCAGGCCCUGUAUCUGAUGUGUGUCUGUCUGUCUUCACCAAGUGACGGCAACACUGGAGUCAAACUUUCACUGUGGAAUGUUAGAGCUAUGCAAAUAUUUAGCCAUAUGAGACUUAAAGGCUGUGUGCUGCAUAGGCUGACUCGCACAAAGAUUUCAUUCAUUUAUUAUUAUCUGUGUGUGAGUGAGUGUAGUAUGUAUGUCUGUGUGUGUGAGUGUGAGUGUAUGAGUGAGUGUGUCUUGUCUGCCACUAAUAGUAAGUAAUGGGCAGGAUAGUUUGCUGGUGUGGGGAUCAAUUUCCAACACACAAACACACACACAACGGUUAGAAAGUCACAUCUGUGUUACAAAGUUAAGGGAAUUACUACGUUAAGGAAAUAUUGAUCUUCCUUUAUUGACUGAAAUCUUUGUUUAGGUUAUUUAAGGAUGGGUGAGUUAAGAUUUACAAAUAACAUGAAUAAUAGAACAAUUGUAAGAGAGAGAAUGAAGUGUGCAUUGUGAAGUGUGCUUGAUGCAAUACUCAAUAUGUUUGCCCUCUGACUGUUAAUAGCACUGGUGAUCUGAGUAAUAGAUGAUAAUUUUACUGAGAGAAAAAUUUAAUUUGAGGCAUUAAUAGGUUUGAGAUUUUGACUUGUUUUGCCUUUGGUGGUGUAUUUCAGAAUCACACCAAGCCUUCACUCAACACUUGGAUAGGCUGGAGGAGGUCAUGGCAGUUAGAGGUUCAAGACACUUCACUAGAUUCUCAUUCAUAAAUAUAGAUUAGGAGAGAAGAAAAUUAUGUAACAUUGAAAGCUAAUCUAGCGUUUCUAAUUUAACAUUGACUCGUGUUUAAUUACAUAGUCUUCAAACAUUAACAUUGGGAGUUGAUGGAAUGUUUGUAAAUCACCACUCACUUAUGCCUUUCUUCGUAUCCAGUAUCGCUGACGUGGCAUUUGUCUGCUACUAACCCGAGGCUAGUCUGACAUGUGGCAGGAGGGGCAAUCAAAAGAGACGUGUGGAUGCAGGCGUGGGUGUGGUGUGUGGUGUGUGGUGUGUGGUGUGUAUGCCAAACCAGAGACCUGAGAAUCAAAGCAAGUCAGUCAGCUGGGAGGAAUGUGCCAAGCCUUCCUGCCCUUUACACACACACACACACACACACACACACACACACACACACACACACACACACACACACACACACACACACACACACACGGGAGGGAAGGCUUGGCAGGGAUGGGGUGGAACGGGGAACCUUUAGGGGAGGUAACACUGCAGUAACUACAUAGCCUUGUCCUUCCUUCCCUCAACACAGAAGGAAGGUUUGUUUUUUGCCAAGAACUUUGAGUCGUGUUUGGAAGCGUUUUGCCGUCUUACCCACUACCUCUACCAGGCUACAGUGGAAGUUGAAAAGAUUGUCAAGAUUGUUUUUUUAUGUUUUAUUUAUGAUUUGAUGUGAUAAUUCAACAAAGACAUGUCAAGUGGCAAGUUUGAAAUGUUUUUUUUUUUUUUUUCAUGAUUCUAUAAGUACUUUUGGUAAGGAUCUGUCAGCUUAGAAAAAAGCUUGAGGAUGAAACUGUCUCUAGCGUUUGAAGACAGUCGUGGUGAGGCAGCAAGGCGUUAACAAACAUGAUUCGCAAACACAAAGAAUUAGCAUACGUAUUGUUUUGUUUCUGGGGAGUUUGGGGAUUCUGAUACUUGUUACAUAAGAUUUAAUAGUUGUAGUAUAUAAUUAUGUUACAGAGUGAUGUGCUGGGUAGCUACUUGAAGAAAUGAGAGGUAUAACAGAUCCAAAGGUGAAACAGAGGCAUCUUUAAUAGUAGCAUGAGAACAUUUACUUACUCUUUUUAUUUUACUUAUUUUAUUAACGGCCUACAUAUCUAUUAUCUAUUUUUAUCAUUAACAUUCAGUCUGCUAGCACCUUUAGAAAAUAAUGGACUAACUGUGGGUGAAGCCAAGAUUAUAUAGAAUUGACCUUAGUGUAUGUUCUUGUGCUGCUACGAAAGGUGUCUUAUUUAUCAUGUACUUGUAUAUUUGAGUCUCUACUGCUUGUGUUGAGAAUCUCAUGAGAAUUUUGUGGCAUUAUUGGAGGAGAGGGAGUGAAGGAAGGGAAGAAAGAAGGAAAGAUGAAGAUGAGGGAGGAAUGGGAGGAGGGAAUAUAGACAGGAAGGAAAUAGGGUUAACACAAAAGGAACAGUAUAAAAAAGAAAGGAAAGGAAGUAGAUAUGAUAUAGGAAUAAGAUGAAAGUGAAAAUGCAGGAAGAAAGAAAAGAACAAGAUUUGUCUUUUUUUCUAUAUCUUUUCAUUCUUUCAUGUAACAUACACCUUCUGCCUAAUUUUCCAUUUCUUUAUUUCCAUAUCUUUCCUUUUUGCUAUGUCAUUUACACUUCCUUUUCCUUUCUUGUAUUUCUUAACUUUGCUUCCAUUCCUCCCUCUCAGUGUGUACUUAACUUGCCCAGUGUGAGGAGCUGUGUUCAUGAGGGAGUGUAGUGCUAGGAGGCAUACUAAAGCAGGAGAUUGUAGUGUGGUCUUGCAGUGUGGUGUGUGGUAGUGAAUGUGGUGGCUGUGGCAUGGUGUGAGUCUGAAAUGGGGCAGAGGUGGUAUGUAAACUGAACCUAACCUUACCUAACCUAACCUGAUCUAAUCUGACCUGACCUAAUCUAGUUAAUUCAUAUGCCUGACAAAACCUUCCCUAGCAAAAUAUAUUCUUGCCAUACCUAAUCUAACCUUAUAUAUUUUAAAAACCUUACACAACUGAAUAUAAUCUUAACUAACCUAACCCAGCCUAGUCUAGCCUAACCUAGCCUAACCUAAUCUAAUCUAACUUUACCUUACCAUACCUUAACCUAACCUAACCUAACCUAACCUAACCUAACCUAACCUAACCUUACCUUACCUUACCUUACCUUUGCCUGGAGUGGAAUGACAGACUGAAAAUGAUGAUGGUGAUGUGUUUGUUAUGAAUAUGGUGCCUGAUGGUGCAGCGUGUGGUGUGACUGAGCAGUGAGUGUGGUGAUCUCCUGUGGUGGUGAUUGUGGUGAUAGUGGUGACUGUGGUGGAAACUCUGGCCUUUCAGUAGUGUGCUAGGUGACUAAAGACUUUUAUAGAGUAGGGAGAGUGUAGGAGUGUUGACUUCUGCAGUGCGAAUUGAUAGAAAUGUUACUACUUCUACACACACACACACACACACACACACACACACACACACACACACACACACACACACACACACACACACACACACACACACACACACACA